AUGUCCUACUUUUACCCUACCCAGGCCAUCCAGAUGGAUGUCCUACUUUACCCCUACCCAGGCGAUCCAGAUGGAUGUCCUAGUUUACCCCUACCCAGGCCGUCCAGAUGGAUGUCCCACUUUACCCUACCCAGGCCAUCCAGAUGGAUGUCCUACUUUUACCCUACCCAGGCGAUCCAGAUGGAUGUCCCACUUUACCCUACCAAGGCCGUCCAGAUGGAUGUCCCACUUUACCCUACCCAGGCGAUCCAGAUGGAUGUCCCCUUUACUCCUACCAAGGCCGUCCAGAUGGAUGUCCCACUUUACCCUACCCAGGCCAUCCAGAUGGAUGUCCCACUUUACCCUACCCAGGCCGUCCAGAUGGAUGUCCCACUUUACCCUACCCAGGCCGUCCAGAUGGAUGUCCCACUUUACCCUACCCAGGCCGUCCAGAUGGAUGUCCCACUUUACCCUACCCAGGCCAUCCAGAUGGAUGUCCUACUUUACCCUACCCAGGCCAUCCAGAUGGAUGUCCCACUUUACCCUACCCAGGCCGUCCAGAUGGAUGUCCCACUUUACCCUACCCAGGCCAUCCAGAUGGAUGUCCCACUUUACCCUACCCAGGCCAUCCAGAUGGAUGUCCCACUUUACCCUACCCAGGCCGUCCAGAUGGAUGUCCCAGUUUACCCCUACCCAGGCCGUCCAGAUGGAUGUCCCACUUUACCCUACCCAGGCCGUCCAGAUGGAUGUCCCACUUUACCCUACCCAGGCCGUCCAGAUGGAUGUCCCACUUUACCCUACCCAGGCCGUCCAGAUGGAUGUCCCACUUUACCCUACCCAGGCCGUCCAGAUUGGAUGUCCCACUUUACCCUACCCAAGCCGUCCAGAUGGAUGUCCCACUUUACCCUACCGUAG